AUGGCACUGAAAACGCACCAACUUCAGAGUUGGGUGCGUUCAUCAUUUCUUUCGAUUCCUGUGGCAAGCCGCAGCCCGCAGUUCAAGACUUUCAUUUCAUCUGUGGUGCAAACUUCGCUGAACGUCAACAUCACAGAAGCAGCACGGGCAAAGCCGCAUGUCCUACAGGCCGAAGUUCUUUUCCAGCAAUUCCUGCAGUCUGGCAGCGCAAGCGACAUGGACAAACUGAACAUAGCAGUCGCGUCCGCUUCCAUCCGGGGCAAACUUCAGCAGCACCCUAUCCUGCAAGGCCUCACUUUGAGCUGCUACAAGAUGAUCGAGCGCCAGGAGCGUGGCCUGUCUCAGCAGGGUCGCGACAAAUCAGGUUCUGUGAAUGCGUCCGAACUGGGGAAGUCUUUGGUUGCGCAGGCAGGAACAACACUGGCUCUGGCCGGUGCAAACUCCGAGCUGCUCAAGAUGUUUGGCCGUUCUAUUGCCUCUUGCACACCAAUGGUAGCUGACCUGCAUGUCCAGUCCUUACCCAACCCUGUGAUGGCACUGAAUCAUAUGGAACGGCUUCGCACAAACAUUACCUUAAUCGAUCAGCGCCUCUCUGCUACAACGCAGACCACAGGCCGUGUCUUGCCUCAUGAUGCGCUUGAGAUCUUGCUGUGGGAUCCUUGCGCAAAGCACAAGGUGUGCUUGAGCGCAGCAUCUGUUCCGGUUGCAGCUGCUGACCUGGAUUCAAAAAUGAUGCUCCGGUGCUUGGACUUGUUCAUGCAGGAGGCCCACCCGUACGUCAAAGGAUUGAUCUUUGAUGGUGCGUCCCAGCAUCACAUCAUUCGACGUUUUCUCGGCGGAGUGCCAUCUGUUGAAGACAAGAGGCUGGCAGACAGCCUUGGCCUGAAGUUCUUUGCGAAGCUGGCAUACCACCCGUUACCAGAGCACGGACUACCCAGACUGCCGGUUCAGCUGGUGACAUAUGGUGACGAAUCCAUCUUCGGACUUCCUGCAGUAUGUAGCUUGGCACAAUAG